AUGUCUAGUCACUUCGUGAGUCGCAAUCCGAGUAAUCCGAGGCUCAGAAAGGAGUCAAAGGAGUCAAAGGAGUCAGAAGAGAACGAGGUGAACGAAAAGAACGAAUGGAAUGACUGGAACGAGGCAGAACCGGAGGAACCGGAGGAACCGGCAGCACCUGAGCCUCCGACGCCUCCACCCAAGACGCCCAAAGGAUCUGUUGGAAAGCUGCUAGCAGCAGGCAAGAGUUCCAAGGCCAAGGAGGAAGCCCGCGGAGGCAAGUCUCCUCACCUGCCGCGUGGCUCGGUCGGGCGCUUGAUUUCUGGACUGGGCCGACUUCCUCGUGUGGGCAAUAUGAUGCGACGCAGGGCUCAACAGCGUCCACUUCGCCCUCGAAGUCCAACCAGAGCACCUGGGAGUCACAAAAGACCUGCGAGUCCCAAAAGGAUAGCAUCACAUGACAGCUGGGAGAAGCUGGCGCAGCGUCGUGGAGAGGGAGAUUCUGGAGGUAAAGGAAAGGGAGGAAAAGGAGGAAAGGGACGAGAUGCCCGGCUGCCACCUCCGCCGCCUCCACCGCAUCCUCCGCAGCCUCCAACGCAUCGCAUCCCACCGAAAGCACGGCCAGUACUGCCGGGGACCACCGGCAAAGGACGACCAGUGCCCAGCAGCAGUGUAGACGAAACUUCCAAGAGGAAGAUGAGCUUCAAAGAUGUGGCUGCCAGAGAGGUGAAAAAGAGGCGAACCACUGUGAAGAUGGUGCAUUGGAGCCAGUCAUGCCGGAUCCGCAGUGGGAUUGCCAUGCAGAUCAAGAUGAGUGACCAGGGCCUGUCGGACCAAGAUUUGUAUAACUGGGUGCAAUGGAUGGUUUCCCAGCUCCCCACGCGGCCUGGUAAAAGCAUCGCCCUUCUGGAUCUCUCCAACAACUCCAUUACCUCCGUGGGAGUGAACUUUGUGUGCAACUUCCUCCAGGAUUUCAACAUCCGCUGUGACGUCUGGGAUCUCUCCGGGAAUCCCAUCACGGAUGAAGGGCUCCUGCGCAUUGCACGCCACGUCACGGCAGAGACGGGCCCAGCACUACGCAUCGACUUCAACGGGACACAGGUGACGGUUUUUGGAUUCCAAUGGCUGUUGACAAUCCUCAGUUUGCAUCCCUUGUACCCGGUGGAGCGGGUCACGGCCAAGGGCCAAGUGGAAUUCCAGCCCUUGUGGGUGGGUUUGCGUGAUACCAGCAUCAACGCCAAAGAAGUGGAGGACUUCUUCCUGGGCGGUCGUUUCGAGUCGCUGUGCUGCAGCGUCUGUUUGGAGCCCUGCCACGAGGACGGCGGCAGCGUGCCGCCGCGCUGCCGAGGCGCUACGGGGCGGAAGAGCAACACGGUGAUCCACCUGGCCAUGGAGCUGCCGGAAAGCUGUCGCCAGAUGGCCGACAGCACCUUGGGCAUCUGCAGUAAGGGCAUCAUGCAGCUGCCGCCACCCAAGACCUGGAGAAAUAUGUGGCUUCAAGGUGAUCAUUGGCAGAGAGACAAAUGGCAAAGAGAGGAACCACAAUUUCUAUAUGAGGACAGCGACUUCAUGGUAUUGAUGAAGCCGGCCACAUGGCAUUGUAGUAGCCAAGAUCAGGGCCGCAACUUGUUGAAACGGUGCCAACAGAUGAGCAGCAACGAUCGAAAGAUGAUGCUGCAGAAACAACUGAUGCAGCAAGACACCCCAGCGUUGCACGACUACCUGAUCCUUCGUUUUGGGGCAGAUCCCAUGUUUCGCGAAGUGAUGCGGGAGGACAUGUUGUAUGGAAUGGUUCAUCGUUUGGACGUGGGAACGACGGGAUCCCUUCUUUUGGGAAAGACGCUGGAAAGCUUCAGGUGGGCGAAAGAGCAGAUCAUCCGACAAGCCUUGGUGAGGGACUACAUCGCCUUGGUACAUGGCACCUUUGCCAAGAACGCCAAGAACUACCAGCCCCGCGGAUUGAUCAUGGCGCCCAUUGACAAGACCCAUUACCACAUCACGCGACGUUGCGAAGUGAUGCCGCAGGGCCAGCACGCAGCUACCCACUAUGAAUGUCUGGCGGAGUUCAAGAGCAAGGAUGGUAGCCAAUACAGUCUGCUCCAUUGCCGACUUCUGACAGGGAGGACUCACCAGAUCAGAGUCCAUUGUGAGCACAUUGGGCUGCCUUUGGUAGGAGACAAGCAGUACUACCGGAAACGAGCCAAACACGAUCCUACCUUGGUUUGCAACAGGCCUUUUCUGCACAAGGUCAGAUUUGUCUUCUCUCAAAGUUCAGAAGAACCCGUGGUGAUUUGGACCCCAUUGGCAUCAGCGGAGGACUUGGUGGCAGUCCUGAAGCAACUGAAGAUUUCCGAUUGGCGUGCCAUCCGUGCAGAGGAUUUGGGUCGACUUGGGACGAUUGAGAACAAAAACACGGCCGCAUCCAUGGGGGAAAACCAUGGGAAAACCAUGGGAAAACCAUGGGAAAAUGGAAUGUUAGGAGAGGUUGGGAAUGUUGGUAUGGCAAAUAUGGAAAGAUCCCACCAUUUUUCAUGGGAAAACUCACUAUUUCGACUGGGCCAUGGCUUCAAUAGCUAUUUUGACAUAAAACCAGAAUGGAAAUGUUGGGAAUGUUGGGAAUGUGAAAUAGCGGGGAAAACUGAUGAUGACGCCUCUUUCUUGGGCUUGGACUGCCAUUUGGACGGAUUCAGGAAAGCUUGA